AUGGCGGGACAUCUGGAAAAAGCACUAGUCGGAUCACGUCCAAGUCCGCCUGAGAUUUCUAACCUGGAAAUACGAAAUACAUGGUCGGGCAAUUUCGAUGAUCCAGUCGCCGUAAGAAUCUCGCUGGAGGUCCAGUGUCUUCCCAACACGCAGGUUCAGCUUCUGAGCACCAAGCACUCGGGCAUCUCCCUCAUCAGCACUUCUGUAAACCGCGUCCAUUCCCGUCAUUUCGGUUCGAGCGAUCAGUCAAGAUAUGAAUAUCGUCCUCCCAGUCCCCUAUUUGCUUUCUCAUCAUCGGUGACUGAGAAUGAAGAUAAUGGAGAGGAAACUAAGCUUGACUCGGGAAAAUCGUCUGUAUUCAACGCGGGGCAUGAGGUCAGCGACGUCGGCGCUCCAAAGGACGUUGGGUCACCUAGCAACGAUCAGGUUUGGGGGUCCAGAUCUUGUUUUGGUGCAGACAGCCCACGUUUAGAAAGACUCCGAGUUACACGUCUGAGGACCACGAGCUUUCAAGAAGCACGCCCACGACAUGCAUCUCGUAUCACUCCCCCACUCGAAUCGCCGCCCAUACGUCUAAACCUCGCUCGAUCUGAGGACCGGAACAGCGGCCAGAACCUGGGGAAGCGAAGCGCUGCGGAUGCGUGUCUCCCGAGUUCGGCAUCAGACACGGAGAGUGAAAAUCCGAAUGACAAGGCAGUGGGACGCGGGGACACCUCGCACAGUGUUGCUUCUACCGGUCUUGCUCGCAGACACAAAAGCCUGGCGAGAAGUCCGCUUGCCGAAAAGAUGCAGAGGUCGAGAGGCAAGCUCUCCACAAGCUAUUGCUCCACUCAUUCGAGUCGAAGCUCUAGAUCCACACCAAAGAUUGAGAAGCCAGUCGAACCGGUGCUCUCAGAUACAUCAUCCGAUGCUGGCCUGUGUGCUUCGAGCUACAUCGAGGUUGCGGAGAAUGACCUUUCAAACACCACGGCCACUCUUAUUGAUCGCGAGGAAGUAGCUGAAAAUACCGUGUUGCCUACGGAUAACAAACUGGACUCUGGUAAUGGCUCAAUCUUCCCGGUAGAAGAUCUUGAAGAAGCAGUUGUCAGCAAUGCUCUGCCUACGGACAAGCAACCGGACUCUAGCAAUGACUCGAUCUCGCCGGCAAAAGACAUCGAAGAAGCAGCUGUCAAUAACGCUCUGCCUACGGAUAAGCAACCAGACUCUAGUAAUCACUCGAUAUUCACAGCAAGAGACAUCGAAGUUCUAGAAAAGUCCCUUUGGGAGCACGAGUCCUGGAGGCAUCAGAAAGUCCGUGUCGAUAGCCACCUUCCACCCAUGGAAACAGUUCCAGAGCAUAUAUGUAGUCAAGCAGCUCCAACUACUCCCCUCAAAGAUAAGCAACGGUCACUGUUCGGUAGCACAGACGGAGCUGCGGACAUUGAAUCGAUGCACGAAUCUUUGCACAGUGACGAAACCCCCAAAGAAUCUCGCCUUCCACUCACAAGUUCUGAACACGAUGGGGUGACCACAGAAGCCCAAAGUCCCGUCACAAGCUCGACCUCUGUCAAGCCUGGAUCCCCAGAGCCUACCAUCCCGGAGCAUCCAACCAUUGACUCUGAAAAACAACCCAAAUUACCCCAGCCGGAGGUAUUUGGUGACCCGGAACUGACUCUCAUCAAUGAUAUUUUGUUUGUCAAAAGCCCUCCCAACAUAACACCGGUGCCAUACAAGAUGGUUCUCACCUUGACCGUCAAACUUCAGAAAGGGACGCCAAGUGGCUGGAGCUAUCUGAUUAUUCCGGGGUUGCCUAGGCUGAAAAAUGGGGAAAUAGGGGUUCUGCUCUUUCAGAUUCCGGCAGACCACGGUCUUGAAUUUCGAGUCACGGACCUGGGACGAUAUAAGAUGGUGGAGAAUUGCUUUCUGGCCGAGUUGGUCUAUUGUGGAGACCUGAUGAUACCUCUUCGCCGGUGUAAUCAGAACUUCUACGGGAUUAUCAAAGGUUUCACUGUGGACCAAGAGAUCAAAGCGGAGAUUAUGCCUUGCUCUGGCACCGCAGAGGGCACUAAAGACCAGCAGAAUGCUAUUUGCAUUCGAUACCAGGCAUUCUGCUCGGUGAAGCUCCACAAUCGUUGCUUCUGUGCUGAGAGAUGCUGUGUUCUACUAUCGAUAGAUGGUGGGCCAGAAGGCUUCUUUCGAACCGAACUUGACACUCGAAAGACAGGGCUACAGGUAGUUCAGAUCGCACCGGAACAUGACACGCCUUUGGGUACCUCAACCCUACAAAUCAUUUGCAACCCGAAGAACUACGAGAUGCUCUGUAUAAGCUGGACGGUCAAGCUCUCCCACAACGACAACAAGAAAGCAAGCAGCUGGCUUCCUAGAGUCUACCCUGGACCAUCUGGUUCGAAUGAUCGUGCUAAGCAUUAUCUCAGAUACACUCACCUCCAAGGCGAUGAAUCCCCUGCUAAAAGUGCAGCGAAUCACCAUCCUGGAGAGUCUCCCAGUAAGAUGACGCCUGAAGAUUCCGAGGCUGGCUUGCAGACACAGGAGCAGCCGCUGGGGCAUUUAUCGCAGUUUGAAGAGUCUGGCACUGCAGAUGCUUCUCCAGUGGGGAAAACGGAAGAUGUAGCGAACAUUGGCGAAGGGGCCUCCCGAAUGACGACAGGAGAAGUCAUGGGCGUCGGUGAAGAAGCCCGUGGUGCAGCUAGUGAUGUGGAUGGUGAGGAGAUAAUACAACGUGGCGAAGAUGCGAUAGCUGGUCAGAAUGGAAAGCACGCGAGUCUUGCAACGAAGGGCCUUGUUGUGGUGUUUUGCCUGGGGGUUGCUGUGGGUGGCAUUUUUGCCUCUGACAACACAUACGCCAACGCUCUCAGUCGUUCAUUCCGAGGCUCUUCGCAACCACCUGCCAUCAUGAAUGAAACGGGCAUUGAUUUGACUAGCGAGGUGAGCUCUGUGGGGGCAAAUGAGAACCACUCUCAGCAGAUGUUCCAGCUGAACAAUACUGAGUCAGUCGAAGGGGAUGGCAAUUUGUCGGAGGAGCCGACUGAGCAGGAGCCUGUUGCUGCAGAGGUCGAAUUGGAGGAGCUGGGAAGUGGAGCAGACGACGUCGGAGAGAAGCAGCAGCCACACCAUCCACACCAAACCCGCUCAUUCCGGGACCAGGUGGAUUACUGGCUGGGUUGGCGUGGGCCGAUUGUUCCCAAUGGUGACCAAGUGUGA